UCAACUUUCAAGUUGGAACGCGUCGCAGCAGACAGUUCAUUCGAACAAAGGGACUUUUUGAUCAUUUGUAGAGUGUAUAAGUGACGAUAUAUUUAGUCUUAGUCAGUUGACUAUAUCGUAACCACAGAAUAUCUAAAGUCCAGCGUUUUGUGCGUGUAAAAUGUCUGCCAAUAAAACUGUAUAUUAUACGCAAAUCAAUGAAGAAGAAUUCGAACAUACGUGGGUGAUAAGUAAUUGGCCAGCGUCUUGGAACAGGAAAGAUACACAAGUUUCAUCACCAAUAUACAAUGUCGGUAGUAAUAACCAAUUACAGUUCCAAUUGAAAUUCUCUGAAAUAUAUGAAUGGGAUGCUGGGCAUAUUGCAGAAUUAUGGCUAUACUGUUUAAAGGGAAAUACAGAAUUACCAUGCAAGUAUACCAUAUUAGUUAUCAAGGAUGGUCAGAGUGUUAACACCUAUUCGAAUGAUUGUACAUAUAGAAAGCCAUUUGAAAGCGGUCGGAUUUUUAGAGUUCGGAUUGAGGAACUGAAAAAAUUCAUUUCGUCCACGGGUGAUUUAAUUUUUCGCUGCGAAUUCUCACUAUUCACGAAUAAACAUAAGAAAUCGUUGAACUGUGAACCCGUAAAAACGCACGAAGCACCGAAACGUCAGUUACCGAAGUUCGAUUCGGUGUUUCUCAACGAAAAAUUCAGUGAUGUGUUGCUAAGAACCUCGCGUGGAAAAGAAAUCCCAGCCCAUAGAGUCGUGCUCGCCACUGCCAGUCCCGUGUUCGAUGCCAUGUUCAGCCAUGCCAUGCUAGAAAACAAAAGCCAAUCAGUUGAUAUGGUGGAUAUUACUUAUGAAACUGCAAUUGAGAUGCUGCGAUACAUGUACACAGGUGGCGUUGAAACUCGUGAAAUUUCUUUGACGAUUGAGCUUUUGGCGGCAGCUGACAAAUAUCAACUUGAAGACUUGAAAAAUGAGUGCGAGAAAAUAUUAAGCUCUAAGAUGUCAUCUAAGAAUGCUGUAGAUAUUCUUCAAGUUGCCGAUAAAUAUAGCAUGAAAAGUUUAAAAAAACAAGCUGUUGAUUUUGUAAAGCAUAAUAUCAACCAAUCUUCGAACUCUGACGAAGUAGGCUCGAUGAUUCUGAGUAUGGCACAAUUUCUAUCCAAGUGAUUUCAACCGAUUUCAAGAUUUGAUUAAACUUUUGAAUUAUAAUUAAGCCAAUAGAAUGUAAUUGUUUGAAUUCAUUUUAAUUUAACAUAAUAAUGCUAUUUUUGUACUCUAGAUCGAAAUAAAAA